GGGUUGCCGCCACCGCCUGGAGCUCCAUGGGCCUCUCCUGCGCGCCGCCCGGUGUGAGGCCGAGUCCGGCGAGCCGCGUAACACGGUGCCCGAGCCAUCGCGGACGCUGGAGGCUGGGACCCGGGGUAGGGGCAGCGGCUGGCGGCGUGGGACUGCGAGCUGCCUUCAGAUUGACGAUGCCAGUAUGGACAGAAUAGCUUAUGAUGCUGACCCCCAACCAUCACUUCCGAGACAUUGAGCGGAAACCAGAAUACCUCCAGCCAGAGAAGUGCUCCCCACCUCCCUUCCCUGGUCCUGCGGGAACCAUGUGGUUUAUCCGUGAUGGCUGUGGCAUCGCCUGCGCCAUUGUUACCUGGUUUCUGGUCCUGUAUGCGGAGUUUGUAGUCCUAUUUGUAAUGCUGAUUCCAUCCAGAGACUACGUGUACAGCAUCAUCAACGGAAUUGUGUUCAACCUGCUGGCCUUCUUGGCCCUGGCCUCACACUGCCGGGCCAUGCUGACGGACCCCGGGGCAGUGCCCAAAGGAAAUGCCACUAAAGAGUUCAUCGAGAGCCUUCAGCUGAAGCCUGGGCAGGUGGUGUACAAGUGCCCCAAGUGCUGCAGCAUCAAACCCGACCGGGCCCACCACUGCAGUGUCUGUAAACGGUGCAUUCGCAAGAUGGACCACCACUGUCCUUGGGUCAACAACUGUGUCGGCGAGAACAACCAGAAGUACUUUGUCCUGUUUACAAUGUACAUAGCUCUCAUUUCCUUGCACGCCCUCAUCAUGGUGGGAUUCCACUUCCUGCAUUGCUUUGAAGAAGACUGGACAAAGUGCAGCUCCUUCUCGCCUCCCACCACCGUCAUCUUGCUCAUCCUGCUGUGCUUUGAGGCGCUGCUCUUCCUCAUCUUCACUUCAGUGAUGUUCGGGACCCAAGUGCACUCCAUCUGCACAGAUGAGACGGGAAUAGAACAAUUGAAAAAGGAAGAGAGAAGAUGGGCUAAAAAAACAAAGUGGAUGAACAUGAAAGCUGUUUUUGGCCACCCUUUCUCUCUAGGCUGGGCCAGCCCCUUUGCCACACCAGACCAAGGGAAGGCAGACCCGUACCAGUAUGUGGUCUGAAGGACCCUGACCAGCAUUGCCACUCAGGCCCCAUCAUGGCACCGUCCCAUCUGCUCUCAUGAACAUUUAGGCCAAAAGCAAAACAAAGUGACUACUCUUAAAACUUUUUUAUGUCUCCAGAAAAAUGGCUGAGCAUUGCAGAGAAAAAAAAGUCCCCAUGUUUUAUUUUUUAAAAAAAAAAUCAUCUUUUCAAUUUUUUGACGGAUGAAGCUGCUCUUUCCUUUUGAAAUCACUUCUCUGGCCUCUGUCUCCUCUCUGCUGUCUGUCAGCACAACUAACGUCGAGGGUGCUGCCCAGGCCCUGCCCCUUCUACUAAUUGAACCCCUGAUGCUGUGCAUGGAUGAACUGGUCCAGUAGGGAAGCCAAGAGGGCCCUGCCCGCCUCCUGCCCCCCAGGCAGUACUGGCACCCGCGGGACUCAGGACCUCACUGAAGAUGAUGCUAAGCCCUAGAGGCCUAAGAAUGGCAAGACGUGCUGGAGCCUUCAGAAGGGCCCUUCUGAAGUGGCUUCCUGCGCCCAAGUGAACACAGUUCGCCUCAUUUUCAAAAUUAAUUGCCAGCCUUGUACUUGAUGGGCACGGCUGUGCAAAAUGAUUUGGAUGAGGUGGGAGAGGUAAGGGGUCUCUGUAUUCUGAAUUAGCAACUAUGUCCCUCUGACUUUUUGGAAGACUAUGAAGGAGAGCUGUUUUCCAGUUCAAAAAUGCCUUAUACAAUCACAAGACGAAAAACUGUUUCAGGCAAGCUACACUUGACCUGUGUUACAACUACUUCCUACUCCAGUUCCCGCCCAUUCCCAGCAAGUUGUCAAUCAAGCUAUGUUCAUUCUGAGGGAAACAGACAGGCCAGCUAUCAGGAUCAUCUCAUUUUUAAGUCUGCCAUGAGCAUAUAUUUUCUGGAGUUUAAAGCCCUCUAAAUGUGCACAGACCUGUAUCUUACUUGUGUUUCUCCUGGGAGAUGGUUUGUAGAUGUUAGACCGUUCUUAGAGUUACCAGGUAGCCUCCCCACACCUGCUCCUCAGCCCACCACACAGACGCGCUUUCCCGUCAGAAGGCAGUUCCCGGUGCAGUCUCGGAGGCCAGAGCUGGUCCUGAGCUGGAGAAGGACCAGGGGAUGCAGGAGGUGCUGAGAGAAAACCCCUCUUGAACACUACAUCCCACUUAGACCACGAGCACCGUGAAGUCCUCCACGCCAGUGGGUUUUAAAGCACUCACCACAGAACUCCCUUUGUAGCUUUUGCUUGGGGUGGGGGUGGGAUAAGGUUUUUCACUCUAGUCCUGGGUAGGAGGAAAGUUGACAUAGCCCUGUGAUUUUUUCAGAAGUCAGCGGAACAUUCUGCCGCUUCCCAACUCUGCCAGUGCUUCCACAUGGAAACAAUGCAAUAAACCUUUUCCAAACCUC